CAAAGCCAGUUGUGAAUGAAUUCCAUGUUAGGUGCGUUCCGAAAAUCAUUAAGAAAUGACGUUGGGUAAGCUGCGAAAUGGACGCGCGUCUUGAAACCCGGGCGGCGUUUAGAACGCGGCAUGAGCCCAGUGGCACGGCCAUUUCCGGUACUCUGUACGCGCAGGACAGACGCUCAGCGAGUGUUUCGGAGUGGCUCGGCGCCGACCUUUUUCGCACGGAAUCCGCGCGUAGGCCGCGAACGUGGCGCACAGGCUCGGCGGUUCUCGUUGCGCGAGCAGCGCGAACGGGUUAGACACGACAGAGUGAUGCGCGUUCGCUCGUGGACGUGUCCGACGAGCGCGGUUGUGUAAAUAGCGCGCAGUGGUCGUCUGCGCACGCCCGGUGCGCAUCCGCGGCCAGAUGAGCGCGCGAUCGCGCCAGCCAGACGCGAGGUUCGCGAGGGGACUGUGAGACGCACACAAGAGAGAAAGAGAGAGGUAGUGAGGGGGGAGGGAAAGAUAGAAAGAAAAAGAAGAGCGUGACUGGUGCCGAGGAGUAGCUGUGGUGUUUGCGAUAAUUGCCAAUCUAUUUGACGGUGUCCGAGUGAGGAUACGAAUCGAUAACUUUAAUCAUUGACUGGCGGUCGAGCGGCGUAGAAGGCAGUCUAUUUCGCGAGACACCGGUGGCCGCUUCACUCCGACAUGGACGGCGCGAACGUGAAUGGCGGGAACGCGGCGGUGCCGUGUGAGGAUCCUAACCUCGCGAGCGGCGGCGGCGGUGCUGGCAGUGGUGGUGAUACGAGUGCGACGGCCGUGCCAAAGGCGGAGACGCAGGACUCGAGCGGCAAAGCGACGGCCGGUGCGGGUAAUACGGACGCGCAGGAGGUGAACGGUGAGGUGAGGGGCAACACUAGGAAGCACGCCACGCCGCCGUCCCGCAGGAGGAUGAAAAAGUUCAAGGCCAACUCCACGAGCGCCGCGGAAGGUGACGCAACGCCGGUAACGACGGCGCCCGGGACGAGGGGAGGACGCAAGCGUAAGCUCUCAGAGUACGAGGAUGCCAGUUCCGAGGGCUCUGAGGAGUUCAAUGGAUUCGACGCCCAGGGACUUGAAUUGCAACCGGGCAGCAACGUUCUAAAGAAACUCAUUGUUAUGAUGCAGUAUCCACCUCUUUGUGAAGAGGACCUCUGUCAGUUUGCUGAAGCAGAAAUAGCAGAGGCACAACUUGCAAAACGCAUAAAAUAUUCGUCGAGAAUUUUUGAUACUAAAGAGAAGGUAGACGAUAGUCAAGAGUUUGACAGUACGAAAACUUACGUUUUUGAAACGGACAGUUUUGGUCAUUUGGAAACGUCAAAGAUUAAAAAGGAAAAAGAAUCCGAUAGAUCGGAAACAGAUUCUAUCGAUAUACCAAAUAGCAUAGAUUCUGAAGUGGAGCCAAGCAAAGUUGAAAUAACUUCUAUUAGAUCGGCAAAUUCUUCGUCGGCAGCAAGUAGUCCCUCCGCAACGUCGCAAAGAUCAAAAGGUAGUCUCGUUUCUGGUGGUGGUGCCAGUCCAGGAGGAAAACAAAAAGCUCCCAUUGACAUGUUAAAUCCUUUAUACAGAGAGCCAUUUAAAUAUGGUUGGAAGCGAGAAUUAGUGUUUAGAGCUAGUCAUGACUCUUCCUUAAAAAAAAUGGCUGAUAUAUAUUACUACACACCAAAGGGGAAAAAAGUUAGAAGUUUUAGAGAGGUUGCAGAAUCUCUUAAUUCAAAGGAGUUGACCAUUGACAAUUUUACAUUCUUUAAAGAACCUCUUGGGCUUAAUGAUCCUGAAAAGGAAAUUAUUCGAGAUGCUAAAAGAGCACGAGGAUCUCUGGGACCAGGAAAGAAGUAUAGUAAGAAAGUUUCAGCGGCAGUGAAAAAAGCAAUACAGGAAUCUGCGGCAAGAAAACCAGUACAGGAACCUGCAACGAGAAAAUCGUUGCCACAUGAACCCAGUACGUCAAGAAAACAACCAGUACAAGACCCUCCAGCUUCUACACCUGCCCCUGAAACUUCAAAACAUGUUGCUGCACCUGUACCGACACCUACAAAGGCAGCUAAAUCAGCAAAAACACCUCCAGCAUAUAAAACAAAAACAACCGCAAAGAAAACUCCUCAAAUAAAAAUAAAAUCAUCAGAAGAAAGUGAGAUGCUUCCACCUCAACGGAGUACGGCGAAUACGAGACGAAACCAACAAGCAGUUGAGAAGACUAUACCAGUCAAAACUAAAAGAUUGAUAACGCCCAAAGUUCAAGAGCCAUGCAGCAUAAGAUGUUCAACAAGUAUGGGAUUAAUACCAAGCUUACAAUGUCGAGUUUGUCUCUGUUUAUAUCAUCCUGAGUGUGUCGAUGGCAUGGAAUUUGCAGGCAAUGAUGAAUAUGUCUGCAAGAAUUGUCAGCCGGAUAUUAAAGAAUCUCAUGUGCCAAACACUCCAUCUUUAACACCACCUCCAUUGAUUCCGAUUAGUAUGUUAGGUGCACAAAAUGCAAAAUCGAAACAGACUAAUUCAUCUCCUCCGAAAUUGCAAAGAAUUCCAAAGAAUUCCGACGGUACGGAAGCUCAAAUGAGAAAUUCUUCCAAAACUACCAAAACAUCAUCCUCAGUAUCAAAUUCACCCACAACUGUUGACAAAAAGGAAAGUACUUGGUUUCCUCAAACAGAGAAUGAAUUUUUGCAAAGUCACGAUGGCACUAUACCAAAACCGGCUCAAAAUAUUGCUGUGAUGGGCGGCAAAAGAUACAUUGUAGUACCAAAAAAUAACGCAAUGGCAGUUCAACCGGCUAUAACAGUAAAACCAGACAAAAUUGGCGAUAAGCCACCGAUGCUUCAAGACGGUUCGUUUACCGACGUUUCAAAUACUACAGAUAAUUCUGUAGCAGAUCUAUGUGCACCUCCGUCCUUAAAUACUGAUUUGCCUGAAAAAAUAAAUGUUACACCUGAUAAAGAAGUCUUAAAAGAUGCGAUUCACCAGACAGAUCUUGUAUCUUCUAUUACUACGGAAAUGACUGAAACUCUUAUACAUGAUGAUAAAGAUAAGAAUGAUAAAGAUAUUCCUAAAAUAGAUAAUUCUGAAAAUAUAUUAGAAAACGAAUCUUUUACUGCUGAUAUAGAAUAUGCCUUAGAACAGCAAAAAGCUGAGUACAUUUGUAGAUCACCAGAAAGUAAAUCUGCAUGUACACCAGUACAUACGGCAAGCGUUACAAAUGCUUCUGAAGCAAGUGUAGAAAUUGAAACGAUUGAAACAGAUCGGCAACAGCCGUUACCAAGUAAAGUGGGUACUGUAAAAAAGGUUAAAAGCAGCAAGAGGAAGCAAAAUCAGCAGGAAUUAGAACAACAGCAAAAUUUCAUGAAUUCAGUUUGCGCUGGUUAUCAUGCCUUGUUGCGUAUUUUCCAAUACCUUAAGGUUCAAGAGUUAUUGCGAGCCGCGCGAGUUUGUAAAAUGUGGCGUGAUCUCGCUGCGCAUCCAUCUCUAUGGAAGACCGUACGAAUGAAGAACAGCCAAGUAACUGACUGGGACGGUUUAGCGGAUACGUUACAGAGACGUGGUACACAGCAUCUAGAUCUCAGGAAAAUGUUAGUCGCUGGCGAAUCUGACAAUAUCUGGAGGAAAUUUUUGACAGUCAUACCGCGAGUGACCAGUCUUGUGAAGCUUGAAUUAUGCAGAUGUCCUGUUAUGGUUGUCGAAGACGUUAUCAAGACCUGUCCACAAUUGGAAGUAUUCAGUGCAAUGUCAAUCAAGUGUGACUCUCUUACAUUAGAGUCGAUAGGGAAUUUGAGUCGAUGUCAAGAACUUAGACUCAAAGCAAUAACUGGAAUGUCACUACAACAAGAUCUCACACCGUUACAGGAAUUAACACAGUUGACACAAUUGAGUUUAACAUCAGUUAAAGAACUCGGGAAGAAAAAAAUUGAAGUCGUACAAGCAUUGACAAAUUUGGAGACAUUAGAAUUGGGUGAAUGCUCCGACUUCCCUGACAAGUUUGGAACUACUGUUUUAAUCAACUUAAAGAAAUUAGAACGUCUCAGACUUGAAAAAGGCCAAGGAUCUUGUUGUACAUUUGAUAUCCUUGAAGGCGUAUCACAAUUGGAGAAUUUGAGUCAAAUGGAAUUGGUUAAUUUUGAUGUAAAGAACGGUUUUGACAAAUGUCUUGCUAAUUGCAAGAACAUCAAAAGGUUAUUGAUCAUACCGACUUACAUAUCUCAGUCAGCGACCUCCAACAACAUGGUGCUCGGAGGUGUCACAGAAUUGUCAGACAAUUUGACGCAUUUCAUAUGGGGCGUUACACUUGAGUUGCUGAGGGUUACGGAACUGUUCGUUGAUCAGUGUAACCUUAUGAAUAAGCAGGUUACUGGAGAUUCUAUACCAGUUUUAAAACCUGUCCCCUGCUUAAGAUUAAUUGCUGAUGUUGAAGAUGAGAACGAGAACCAAAAAGACGACAAGCAACAGCCGCAUCUAACGAGUCCGCAAGUCGACAUUUUACCAUUGCCACAAUUGCAGAAACUUCUUUUAACAGCAUUACCCAAGACACGAGUCAAAAUUUUAAAAAUUCCCUUUCACGCCACGUGGCGGCAGAGCAUUUCCGAUACCACUACGCAGUAAAAACAAACGAAGUGAUACUGGUACGAAGUCGGAUGAGGCAAACAAAAUUAAAGUGACAUUUAUGAGAGUUGGAGAUUUUUGUAAAGUUAACUCUGCACAGUGGCCCGUACUCCUAUAUUUACUAUUUUUAUUACGGAGAGUAACUUAUAUAUUUAUGUACUAUGAGUUUUAUAAUCUUCAACGAUUGAUAAUCUUUCGCAACGUAUCGGUACACACUGCGGUAUUUAGUAUUUUUGUGAUAAAUACGUGGGACCAUGUAUCAUGUAACAUCUUUGCCACAAGCAGAAUGAUACGACAAGCUGGUACCCUUGUAUGGGUUAAUUUAUAAUCAAAUAAAAUUCUGACUUUUAUAUAAAUAUCACAAUUUUAUUUUUCCGAAAGGAAUAAAAAUGGUAUAGAUUCGAUACUAUUGGAGUUGCUGUGAUGUGUACCUGCGUUGAAAGUAAUCGAACAUGGUUACACACAAAUAUGUGAAUGUUUUGGAUUCUUAUGAUAAGAAAUUAAUGUUUAUAAAUUAAAAUUUAUUAAGGAAAUGUUUGAUGACAGGAAGAAUUGUUUUAUUCAAUGCUCCAAAUGCCGAUAGCAUUGAUCUUUUAGGAUACCUACACAAGAUGAUAUCCAGUAUCGAAAGUAGUUAAAUUUAUAAUUUCACUCUACACAUAACAUCGAGCGUUUACUGGAAUAACAGAAAGUAUGAGAUCAUUAUGAUCUAUACGGCUCUAUCUAGAGAUUAGACUGUAUAAAAUAAUGCUAUAUACUUAUAAUAUUGUGACUAUCUAUAUCUUUUAAUGUUUAGGAUACGAGUUUUCCGCUGCAAAGAAGCUACGGCAAAAUUUGGGAUAGUGUAGAACGUGUAAUAUACUUAUUUCAAUGCACAAUACAUAAUCAAAUAUAAUGUUACAAAAAUAUUCAUUGACAUAUAUUGAGUACAAAUUGUGUAUAACUGUAAGUUUUCAAUAAUGAAUUCUAUACUCUUAAUGCGACGCAACUUAUUUCUUUGCUGACCCCUGGUAUUAUCUUCUCUAAGGGAUGUAUUAGCGCUGAAGAGGAAGAGAUUUAUAUUUUAUACCACGAUAAGAAAACAACGUGUUAAAAAUACGCAAAAGUUGCGUCUUAAGCAAUAUAAAUUGGACAUAUUAAAAUUAUGUUGUAAGUAA